AGCUUGAUGCGCUCUACAGCAGCUAGCCGCGGAGCAUCUAAACAGCUAAACAUGGCUCCGCUCACAUACAGCAGAAUGUCUCAUUUACUGAGGUCGUCCAUUAACAGACUCUCCGUUAUAAGAACCGGGGACGAAUCAAAACCGGGACCUGCGUGUUGUGUUCAGUUCGCACGCUGCCAGAGGUCGGGGGACAGCCAGGCCUUACAGGAGAGGCAGAGGCAGCAGAUGGCCAAAGGUCUCCCCCGGCAGAAGCCCAUCGCCGGGGUCAAACAGGUCGUCGUCGUGGCUUCGGGGAAAGGGGGCGUCGGCAAGUCCACCACGGCGGUGAAUUUAGCUCUUGGAUUGUUGGCCAACGAUCCGCUCAAGUCCGUCGGCCUGUUGGACGCCGACGUCUACGGCCCCUCGAUUCCCAAACUGAUGAACCUGAAGGGAAACCCGGAGCUCAGCGACGACAACCUGAUGAUCCCUCUGGUGAACUACGGGGUUCCUUGCAUGUCGAUGGGCUUCCUGGUGGACGACGUGGCCCCCAUCGUGUGGCGGGGGCUGAUGGUGAUGUCAGCGAUAGAGAGACUGCUGAGACACGUGGACUGGGGGUCUCUGGACUAUCUGGUGGUCGACAUGCCUCCGGGGACGGGGGACGUCCAGCUGUCAAUCUCCCAGAACGUCCCGGUAGCCGGCGCCGUCAUCGUGUCGACGCCACAGGACAUCGCCCUGCUGGACGCCCGCCGCGGCGCCGAGAUGUUCAGGAAGGUCCACGUGCCGGUUCUCGGCCUGGUGCAGAACAUGAGCGUCUUCCAGUGUCCCAAAUGUGACCACCGGACGCACAUCUUCGGCUCCGAUGGAGCACGGCGGCUCGCCGACACGCUGGGGGUCCAAUUACUCGGGGACGUCCCUCUUCAUCUGAACAUCAGAGAGACGUCUGACGAAGGGAAACCCGUCGUGGUGUCUUCUCCCGACAGCCCCGAGGCGGAGGCGUACAGGAAGGUGGCGGCGGCGGUCGUCCAGCGGCUCGAGGAAGUCAGCACCUGAUGGAUGUAAACAUGGAGACACGCGGUCAUGUGACACGUGAACAACAAACACUGUUGAUACACAAACAGAAACGCACAACACGUUGAGAAGCUCUGUUGUGUAUUGUGUGUAUUAGUGUUACUGAAUAAUACGCUGUGUUUAAUGAACAAAUGAAUAAAGCUGCUUUAGUUAGAAUAAUUAAAUGAAGCAGCAACGGAUAAACAUAUUUAAACGUCAUUACUGAGAAAUACAGUUAAAUAAGAGUUCAGUUUUAAUACAAUCAAAGGCAAUUCAAAGUGCUUUUUACAUACAAAUACAAAUAAUACAUCGAAAUAAAAGAAAGAAAGAAAGAAAAACAUGUUUCUUUGACUCAGUUUAAAAUAAACAUUUCCUGAUUCAAUCUGCAGUAUAAUAAAUAAAUCUGUUUUUGUGCCGCUUUAAUAUUUUGGUCGCAAUAUUCACCUUUUUGUUUUUCUAGUUUCAAAUAGAAACAAUAAAGCUACAAAGAGCUCAGAUCGGCUCGUGAAAUGUUCGUGGUCGUUGACCUCUGACAUGUGAGUCGUUGUUUAUUGUUUUUUUUUAGAUGAUUUGUUUGUGAAACUGAAACAUAUACGUAUUUUCUUUAUAAACAACAUACAAAUGAAACGUGAAGGACGCUUUGAUGCUGGAGGACAUUGUCUCCCAGGGACAGACAGCGGAGGGAGCUCGCUGCGUGUCCAAUAAAAGAACGUCUUCACAUCUGAA